AUGACGUCUCUGAAAUCGUUCAUCAAGUCCGUGCGUGCGGCCAAGACGCUAGCAGAGGAGCGGUCGGUGAUCCAGAAGGAGUCUGCCGCCAUCCGAACAUCGUUCCGAGAAAACUACGUCGACCCCAACAUUCGAAAACAAAAUGUGGCUAAGCUGUUGUAUUUGUUCACCUUGGGUGAGCGAACACAUUUCGGUCAGGUGGAGUGUCUGAAGCUGAUUGCUAGCCCGCGCUUCAGUGAGAAACGUCUGGGAUACCUCGGUACUAUGCUGUUGCUGGAUGAGAACCAGGAGACCCUGACUCUGGUGACCAACUCUCUGUCCAACGAUCUCAACCACCCCAACCAAUACGUUGUGGCUUUGGCCCUGACCACCUUGGCCAACAUUGCAUCCACCGAAAUGGGCCGGGAUCUGUUCCAGACCGUCGACAAGAUCAUGUCGUCCAGCAACCCCUACCUGAAGAAGAAGGCUGCCGUGUGUGCUGCUCGAAUCAGCAGUCGAGUGCCUGAAUUGGCAGAAAUCUUCGUCGAGAAGGCCAAGAUUCUGCUCACAGAUAAGAACCACGGCGUGCUGCUGUGCGGACUCACUCUGGCCACUGACAUUUGUGUCCAAGACGACGAGAUUCUCGAGCAGUUCCGACCCGUCGUGCCGACUCUUGUCAAGCUGCUGCGCCAGCUGUGCACCUCGGCUUACGCUCCCGAGCACGACGUGACCGGAGUUACCGAUCCGUUUUUGCAGGUCAAGAUUCUUGGUCUGCUGCGUGUGCUGGGAGCUGGAGACGCGUCUGCCUCUGACGCCAUGAACGACGUGCUUGCCCAGGUGGCAUCCAACACCGACUCCGCCAAGAACGUCGGCUCCUCUGUGCUGUACGAGUGCGUGCGAACUAUUUUCGCCGUCGAGGCAGACACCGGUCUGCGAGUGCUGGGUGUUAACAUUCUUGGAAAGUUCUUAGCCACCACUGACAACAAUACGCGGUACGUGGCGCUCAACACUCUGCUCACAGUCAUCGACAUCGAGCCCGCAGCCGUGCAGCGACACAGAAACACCAUUGUCGAGUGUCUGCGUGACGCUGACGUGUCUAUCCGACGACGAGCUUUGGCCGUGGCAUACGCUCUCAUCAACGAGAGCAACGUGCGAGUCAUUGUUAGAGAGCUGCUGACAUUCUUGGAGUCUGCAGACGCCGAGUUCAAACCCUCGGUCACCGCCCAGAUCGCCAUUGCUGCUGAAAAAUACGCUCCUAAUAAGCGAUGGCAUAUUGACACUCUGGUCCGGGCUCUGGCUCUGGCUGGAAGUCACGUCCCAGAGAAUGUGGUCUCUUCGUUCAUUGCUCUGGUCGUCACCUGCGACGAGGAGCUACAGCUGUACACUGUCCAGAAGCUGUACUCAGCUCUGCGGGCCGAUUUCACCCAGGAGGGUCUGUCCCUGGCCUCGCUGUGGCUGCUUGGAGAGUUUGGCCACAUUCUUAUUCGAUCCGGCAACUUCUCGUCGGAAGAUGGAGAGUCCCAGGAGGUAUCCGAGGAGUCUGUUGUCACCAUGAUCGAGAACCUGCUCAAGUCUGCCUACGCCUCUGAUGUUGUGCAAGAGUACGGAGUCAACGCCCUGGUUAAACUCAGCACCCGAAUCAACAAUGCUACACAAAAGGAGCGGGUGCGACGAAUCCUGGAGUCGUACGCUUCCUCUCUCAAUGUGGAGGUCCAGCAGCGAUCUGCCGAGUAUACAAAGCUUUUCUCCAACAUGGGUGUGGCCAAGGGUGUGCUUGAAAAGAUGCCUGCUCCCGAGCUCAAGAACGAUCUUGGCAAGAAGUACGCCAAGCCUAAGAAGGCCAAGAAGGUGACUGCUUCCAAGAAGGAUGUCGACUUGCUGCUCGAUCUGGUCAUGGACGCCCCUGAGCCUGCUAACGGAGGAGGAUCUUCUUCCGCAAACAACUCGGAUCUCCUGGCCGACAUUCUGGGACCCUCUUCUCCCUCUGGAGGUGCGUCCGUCGCCACCCCUAGCUCCAAUCAAAACAUUAUGGAUCUGUUUGGCUCAGGCGCCCAGUCAUCCCCCGUCUCCACACCCGCCUCAGCCCCCGCUGCUGCGGCAUCUACAAUCUCCGCAUACUCCGGCAACGGCCUGUCUCUGGGCUUUUCCGCUGGAACCGCCCAGGGCCUCACGGUGCCCAUCACCGCCCACUUCUCCAACACCGGUGGCAGCCCCAUCUCCAGCAUUUCCCUCCAGGCCGCUGUGCCCAAGACACAGAAGCUCGCUCUGCAGCCACCAGCUUCCCAGAGCAUUGGUCCUGGCAGCACCACCACUCAGCAGUUGCGAGUGACGGUACAGGGUGCUGGUGCUGCCGUCAAGUUGCGAGUCCGGCUGGGAUUCUCUGUCAACGGCCAGCAGGUCCAGGAACAGUUUACCUUUGACAAGUUUGGUCAGGUGGUUUAA